AGGGAGAAAGUGUUCCAUCCUAGAUCGCGAAAAGCUGGAAAGCUGGAGCGGGCGGCUCUCCGAACCAGUAAAUUAGCCACUCAAACCUCUGUGCGCUCAAAGCAACAGACAGCGAAAGUGGAUCGAGCUGGUUUCUUUUAUCUCGCCUUACCGCCAGACGUACCGUCCCUCACUCUCGAAGAAUUGCACGAACUCGUUUCGUCUGUAUGGAUCACUCGGCAUAAUGAAGCCAUAAAAGCCGAGGAGUCGAGGAGGAGGAAGGGGGAACCUCGUCGCCCACGAGAGGUUGCUCUUCGGGAACAACAACUGAGAGAUGUCGAGGAAUAUCGGACUGGGUUAGAACUCCCUGAUCUCACCGAUGAGUCGACUGUCGCAUUGUUCCGACAGUGGGGUGGCGUCGAUACAUCGUACCUCCACCUACUAAGAACCAUUCGAAUAUCUUCUUCCAAUACGAAGAUGGUUCAGGUAGUUAAGUGCGGA